UUUUUUUUAACAAAAGAUAAGCUUUGCUUCUUUUUCUUUAAAAAUGCCUAAAAGCUUACCUUUACUUCAGUUUAGUUUAGUUUAGAAAUUAGAUCCGUUUAAGAUAAGAUAUUAACUAUUUUACUUAACAAACCAGAUGUUGGCAGAUACUUAACGAGGAAGUAGCAGUAGAAGAAGAAGAAAAGUAAGGAGAAGGGUACAAUAUAUGUUAAAUAGUCAUCAGAUUGGACUGGACUGUAAAUAUAAUGUAGAGCAGUCAGCUAGUGAGGUGGACCAUUUUAUUUGUUUUUGACUUUUUUGAAAAAAGUUAUAAAUAGUCAUCAUAUUAUUCAUAGGCAAGCACUCAUGGCUAGCGUGGAAAGGGCUUUGUGUUCUAGAUAAAGCAGUAGCGUACCAGACACGAAGAUAAAAAAGAAAGAAAAAUAAAAGCUGGGUUUAAUAAAAGCUGGGUUUUUAUGAGCUUUAGUUUGAGCUAUUAUGCCUAAGUAGAUUGUUGAAGCUGGCUUCCUUCUGGUAUGGUGUUAUUUUUUUCGAAGUUUUGAUCUUUGGUCAUAAAGAUAAGCAUUUUGGUUGAGAAUGCUAGGUGGAUGAUAUGAUGGUAUACAAAGAAACCAGUUCAUUAUUCUUGUUUGCUAGUGUUUUUUUCUUGCCCCUUCUAUGGGGGCCGUUGAAAAGUCCUUAAUGAGUAUUAUUUUAGCCGAGGGAACUAAAUCAUUUGAUUGAAACCAUUCCUCAUUGAGUAUUUCUUCUGCUGCUCUUUUUUGUUCAAUUUGUGGUUGUAGAGUUAUAUCUGUGGUCAUUGAGAAUUGCGAGUUUGGGUUGUAAAGAGCUUUUUCUAUUGUUGUUUUAGAUUAAUAGAACUAGAAAUUUUCUGGGAACUUACCUGCUUUUUUUUUUCUUAUUUCAACAUUGUAGGCAGCAUUUAUGGUAGAGUGAGUUUUGGUUUUGUUGUGGUGUAUUUAAGUUUAGGUUAAAUUAGAGAAAGCGCAAAUAGAUUGUGAUUCUUGAUUGAAAAAUGGGCUGUGUUGCUUCAAGGAUUGAUAAGGAAGGAAGGGUACAGGCUUGUAAGGAUAGAAAGAAGCUUAUGAAGCAAUUGGUGGGAUAUAGAGGAGAAUUUGCUGAUGCACAGUUGGCUUAUCUGAGGGCAUUGAAGAACACUGGUGUAACUCUUAAGCAGUUUACUGAGUCAGACUCAUUGGAACUUGAAAAUACCUCAUAUGCUCUUAGAUUGCCUCCCUCUCCUCCUUCCCCCUUGCCUCCUUCUCCUCCACCGCCACCUUCUUUUAGCCCUGAGUCAAGGAAAGCCGGUGGUGACAAUGGUAAAGGAGAAGUUGACCAAGAAGAUAGCAUGGAGAUUAACCAGGAUGAUUGUUCUACCCUGCCGGCUCGUAGUACAAGCUCGCCAUGGAACGAUUGGGGUCUUUUUGAGUCUACUUCACCUCCCUAUCAUCCAAAACAGUCUGAAAUCGUAGAAUCAGUUGAGGAUGAAGGUCAGGGAGAGGAGAUUGGUGAAAACACUAACAUAAGUACUCUCCCUGAGAAGUCUCAGCCUGGGGAAAUUAUUGACGAUAACUCAUCAUCGACGAGCUUGAAUGAUAAAGCUUCUAGCGAUGUGACCAUGGUGGUAUGGAAGAAAAAUAAGAGCUUGGAGGAAAUCGUAAAGGAGUUAGAUGAUUACUUUUUGGAAGCAUCAGCUGGUGGGAAAGCAAUAGCUGUUUUUACAGACAAAAAUAUAGGGGACAAUUCUCAUCCAUCGAAACUCAAAGAAAACAAAAGGAAGAGUAGCAAUUCUGCAAAGGUUUUUAGUGCAUUGUCGUGGAGUUGGUCUUCUAAGUCUCUCCAGUUUGCAAGAGAUGCUGUUCAAUGUGGAUCUAAUGAACCGUGCAAGCCUGGAGCUCAUUGCAGUACUCUUGACAAGCUAUAUGCUGCAGAGCAGAAGCUUUAUAAGGAAGUGAAGGAGGAAGAAACCACCAAAUUGGAGCGUGAAAGGAAAUUGAUGUUGCUGCAAAAGCAAGACGAAAACCAUGACCGGAGCAAGACAGAGAAGAUCCAAUCAAGCGUUGAGAAUCUGGAGAAUGUCCUAAGACACCUGCAAAAUUCAAUAAGCACGUCCUGUUCGUCUAUAUUGGAGAUCAUCGAUGAGGAACUUUACCCCCAGCUGGAGACAUUAAUAUCCGGGCUGAUGGAGAUGUGGAAAAUGAUGUACAAAUGUCAUCGAGUUCAGCACCUUAUUUCACAGCAGUUGAAUCAUGUGACUGAUAUAAGCAUUGACCUGACCACCGACUCCCAUCGUCAAGCUACAGAUCAGCUUGAAACUGAGGUUUCUUUCUGGUAUUACAGCUUCUGUAAGCUCAUGAAAUCUCAGCAAGAGUAUGUCGGAACACUCUGCAAAUGGAUCCAACUUACUGAUUGCCUUGUGGAUGACAACCACCAGAGUCGUCGUGCAUCUGCAGUUCGUAAGCUCUGUGGAGAAUGGCAGCGCAGUUUUGAAAAAUUACCUGAUAAAGCAGCUUCAGAGGCAAUUCAGAGUUUUUUGUUAGCCAUCCGAGCGAUAAUCCAACAUCAGGCAGCAGAACACAGCCAGCAAAGGAAAUCUGAUAAGCUUCAGGAAAGGUUGCAGAAGGAGUUGACGUCACUGAGUGAGUUAAAGAAAAAGGUUGAGGGAAGUGUAGCGGCCGAUCUGAGCCCCAAGCAUCCUUUAUCGUUGAAGUGCGCCAAAAUCGAAGCCUUGGAAAAGCGAGUUGACAUGGAGAAGGGCAAACAUCUCAACUUAGUCCAAGUAAACAAGACCAUGACUUUAAACAAUCUAAAAACUAGCCUGCCUUGUGCAUUUCAGGCUUUAAUGAAGUUCUCGAAAGCUUCUGUUCAGAUCUUUGAGGCCAUCCAUGGCCAUGCUCAGCCAGAAAUCCCUCGUAAUGAGGUAUCAGAGAACUCAGCAAACUAAAUUUGACUGAACUGUGAAAUUUGUAUGAAAUGACUCUUUAUUUUUGCCGGAAACUGUCAAACACUUGAUAUCUAAGCUGUAAAGGAAACAAAGACUACAAGGUUUUUCGUUGCAUAUAUAUAGAUGCACAUUUAAUUGAUGAAGUUUUAGUGGAUAUAUAAAUUUCAGCAUGCAACGUCACCGAUAGCACUGCAACUAUAACCCGAAAAAAGUGAAGGAAAACUCCCAUGUUAUUAUAAACACCUUGAUUUCUAAGAAUUCAAUCCUACCACCCAUCACAAACCAAAACCUCAUUUGUAAAUGCUACUACAUAUAAUACGAAAUGUUAUAUAAACACCAAGACAAAACGCGAGAAUAAAAUUAUAAUCCAUACAUAUACAUACCAUCCGUCCAGUCCAUGACAAUACCGACCGUCCAAACAAAGAAUAACAAAAUGUUAAAUAUAGCAGCAAAAGUAAACAUAAAAAAACGCAUCAUCGACUCAAUGCAACCUCGUCAGUUCCUCCACUCUCUUGGACAGCUCCUCCACAGAAACUCCCAUUCCUUUAGAAACUUCCUCCAUUUUCCCACGGCUCAGAUCAAGGAAUGAUUCGAUCAAGUCUCCGUCCAAAAAGUUUUUGGCUUCUGCAGUUCUCUUCUCAUUGUUGAAUGACCUCCAUUGUUCAUGGCUCAACCCUCCCACGCCCUUUAUCACCUUCCUUAA